UAAGCCGUGGGCGAUUGGGCCAUUGGUACAGCUCUAGAGCUCCAGAUCUGGAUCGACUUGUUAUCCCCCCGGGGGUCAAUGCCUUUGCUUGCUGAGCCUAGGGAAUGAUUGAUCUACAAGACGAGAAGCAACCCCAGUUUUGCUCCUAGCUCCUAGCUAGUAGUAGCUGCUUUCUCCUCCUCCUCCAAUCUCCAGAAAUCUUCUUGCUCGCAUACUCGGAAAUGGGCGGAUACGAGUUCCAGAGGGCGGAGCUAGAUGCACUGGAAGGCGUCCUACGCGAUGCAAGCGCGGAGCCAAUGAGUCUGACGUUGCCGCUUCUCAGGCACAUAACCAAUGAUUUCUCCCCUGAAUCUCAAAUUGGUCAAGAUAAUUCUGCACUGGUUUACCUGGGGGUGCUUCCAAGUGGGUGCCGUGUUGCUGUAAAGAAGUUGCAGCUUCAUCAUUGCUUGGAUGAUGAAAAUGAAGAUGCAUUUUUAAUAGAAUAUAACAAAAUGAAGGAUACAUUUCAAAAUGAAGUUUCUGCUGCAAUGAAGCCUUCUCACAAGAACACAGUGCGACUCAUAGGCUACUGCCAUCACACACAAGAGCAAAUUGUCGAAUACGAAGGAAAACAAGUUUUCGCAGGGGUCCUAGAAAGAUUGAUCUGUACGGAGUAUGUGCCUGACGGAACCCUUUGUGGACAUAUCGAAGGUAUGAUUUCUACGGAAAUGGAUGGGUACGAGUUCCAAAGGGCAGAGCUAGAUGCACUGGAACGCGUCGUACGCGAUACAAGUGCGGAGCCAAUGAGUCUGACGUUGCCGCUUCUCAGGCACAUAACAAAUGAUUUCUCCGAUGAAUCUGAAAUUGGUAAAGGUGGAUUCGCAGUGGUUUACCUGGGGGUGCUUCCAAGUGGGUUACGUAUUGCUGUCAAGAAGCUUAGCGAAACUUAUUUGAAUGAUUGUGCAUUUCAAAAUGAAGUUUUUAUCACAAUGAAGGCCACUCACAAGAACACAGUGCGAUUCAUGGGCUACUGUAUUCAAUCACAAGGUGAACUCGUCGAACACAACGGACAACAUGUUUUCGCACAGCUCGCGGAAAGGUUGAUCUGUGUGGAAUAUGCGCCUAAAGGAACCCUUGAUGCACAUAUCG